AUGGGUAUCCCGAAGUUUUGGGCGCGGGCCACGGCCACAGAGGUGCCGGCGGCCGAGGCCAAUCCAUCUCAUUCCGAUAUCUCGGUUAUUCAUGAUGGCAACCUCGCGUAUACUAUCGAGAAGGCGGAAAAUGGGUCGAAGCCAUCUUAUCAAGAAGCCGCCGGCGCUCCCGUCGAGUCGCACUCUCCGUUGGGAUAUCAUGUUGGCUGGAUAACGGUGAUUUUCCUUAAUGUCAACCAGAUGAUCGGAACCGGCAUCUUCUCAACACCCGGGACUAUCUUGAACAGCACUGGUUCGGUAGGACUUGCUCUUGUCUAUUGGACCAUUGGAUUCUUUUUGGCCGUCACGGGUUUCAGUGUAUAUCUCGAAUUAGCCAGCUAUUUCCCGAAUCGAUCGGGCUCUGAGGUCGUUUAUCUGGAGCAAGAGUACCCUCGGCCGAAGCACUUCUUCCCAGUCUCGUUUGCGGUUUUCUCCGUGUUGCUGUCAUUUAGCAGCAGCAAUGCAAUUGUCCUCGCGAGAUAUGUGUACCAGAUCGCUGGUACUACGGGGACCGAUUGGCAGUUAAAAGGUGUGGCGAUCGCUGCCUACACCAUAGCGACUCUGUUCGUGGUCGUCCACAAUACAUACUCGCUUUGGCUAUCAAAUUUGCUCGGAUUCGUCAAAAUCCUAACCCUGAUCUUCAUCAGUAUUACCGGCCUCGUGGUGUUGGGUGGAAAUGUUCCCCACAUCUCCGACCCGACCGUCAACUUUCGCAACGCAUUUGAAGGCACGACAUCCAAUGGCAACGACCUCGCUGUUGCUCUUGUCAACAUCAUCUUUUCAUACUCCGGAUAUGCGAAUGCAUUCAAUCUGGUAAACGAGAUCAAGAACCCUAUUCCGACAUUGAAGAGGAAUGGUACUAUUUCCAUCAUCACGGUGGGCACACUAUACAUCCUCUGCAACAUCGCGUACUUCUCCGCAGUGCCUAAAGCUGAAUUCGCUAAGUCUAAGGAAGUUGCUGCGGGCGUCUUCUUCAUAACUGUCUUCGGCAGAGGAAGAGCGGAGCAGGCGUUGAAUGUUCUGGUCUUGCUAAGUGCAUUUGCGAAUCUUCUCGCCGUGGUUAUUGGCCACUCACGAGUGAUUCGUGAAAUUGGACGACAAGGCGUGUUGCCGUGGACUGAGUUCUGGGUAUCCACCAAGCCUUUCGGUACCCCAGCCGGCCCUUACUUUCUGCUCUGGGUGGUGACGUUCAUCAUGAUCGUUGCCCCACCAGCCGGCGAUGCGUUCCAGUUUGUUGUCAGCUUGGCCACUUAUCCGAAUGGUCUGUUCACUCUGGCUCUUUCAGUUGGAGUCUACCUCGUCCGUUAUCGACGCAAGCGUGCCGGCCUACCGAGAACCGAAUUCAGAGCAUGGGACAUCGCCGUCAUCUUCUACAUCCUGGUGCAAGUAUACACCGUCUCAACGCCAUGGAUUCCUCCGAAAGGCGGUCCCUAUGCCGGCACGGUAUCUUUCUGGUACGCCACGUACUGCGUUGUCGGCAUCGCCAUUAUUCUCUUGUGUGGUCUUUACUAUGUUCUGUGGAUGUUCUUGCUACCGAAGUGGGGAGGAUAUAAAAUCCGGCCGGAGAUCCUAGCUGUUGAUGAGCAUGGCGCGAAUACGCAUCGCCUGGUAAAGGUGCCCCUGGAUGAAGUGGAAAAGUGGGACCAGGAACACGAUGAAGCAGGUCGCUUACGACGGAGACGCCUGGAAUUUCUUUGA